AUGGGGCCCGGGCGGGCCCGGCGGCGGGCGCGGAGCGGGAGCCGCUCCCGGAGGCGGCGGGGCGGGAAGGAGCCGGGCAGCAGCAGCAGCAGCAGCAGCGGCGGAGCGCGGCCGGCAUUGCCGUCCUCCGGCUCGUGUGCUGCAGGGAGCAGGAAGGAUGGAAAGGCCCAAAGGAAGAGGAAGGCCAGCGCGUCGUCCUCGGGGUCGGCCUCCUCUUCCUCCUCCGGCUCGUCCUCGACGUCCUCCAGCUCCUCCUCCGAUGACUCCAGCGACAGCGAUGCCAAGGCCAAGAAGAGGYGGCGCGGCAAGAAGAAGCAGAAGGAUAAAAAGAAAAAGAAGAAGAAAAGGCUGAAAAAGAGGCCGAAGAAGCAGCGCGAGGAGCGGCGCGGGGAGGAGCGGCCCGCGGCGGCGGCGCCGGCGGGGCCCUCGCUGGAGCAGUGGCACAAGGAGGCGCUGGGYGACGCGGCGCCAGUUUUGACAGACGAGCAGAAAUCCCGGAUCCAGGCCAUGAAGCCCAUGACGAAGGAAGAGUGGGACGCGAGGCAGAGCRUUAUACGGAGGGUCGUGGAUCCGGAAACGGGCAGAACCAGACUCAUUAAGGGAGACGGAGAAGUGCUGGAAGAAAUCGUCAGCAAGGAGCGGCACAAGGAGAUCAACAAGCAGGCCACCCGCGGGGACGGGCUGGCCUUCCAGGCGCGCGCCGGGAUGCUGCGGUGA